CGUAAUUUCUGAUUUCCUCCGAAGCAGUCCCGUUCGUUCGUUCUUUGUUUUUGGUGGGUACAGAUUGAGAUUCAAGAUCUGGUUUUUGCUGCAUUGCAUUUGUUGCAGAGAAUAAAUCGGUCAAUUUAACAAAUAAAGGAAGAAGAGCGAGAUACAAUGGAGAAUGGAGGAGCAGUGCCCUCAGAGAAACAACAAGGGGCGUCAUACACGUAUUGGGUGAGGGAAGCGACUCAAGAGGCAGCGCCUCUCCCGGUCCCCCGCAAGCUUACUUCCGAGGAUCUCUCCUCCCAGCCUCGGCCCGCGGCUCUCGGUUCCGUCUGGAAUCGGGCUGGAACCUGGGAGGAGAAAAACCUUAACAAAUGGGCAAGUGACAGGAUAAAGGAAUUGCUUAAAUCGGUGGGCUUUUUGGAGUUUUCCGAUGGCAAAGCAGAAAUUACCAAUGUUCCAAAGUGCAUAGGCGACGCAUUUUUGGUGACCGUGCGGAACAAGAAACGUGUCGGCUAUACUUAUGAGUUGACAUUGACGAUCAAAGGGGAGUGGAAAAUCAGAGAGGACAAUAAGAUGGUUGAAGCUCAUAUUGAUAUUCCGGAGUUCUCCUUUGGAGAGCUAGAUGAUUUGCAGAUGGAAGUGCGGAUAAGUGAAGAAAAGGAUCUGUUGCAUCAAGAUAAGUUGCAGAUUAACCAGGACUUGAAGCGGUUUUUGGAGCCUGUUCGCGAAAUAUUGCUUCAGUUUGAGCAGGAACUCAAAGAUAGAUAGAACGAGGCAUGUCAUCGCUUAUCAGCUUUGUCCGUCUCUUGGUUACAUCAAAGAUACAGAUUUUAAGUGCAAUUUUCAGUAGUGACUACUGACGCUGCCAGGCUCCAUUUGAUGGUAGCUGUUCAUUAUCCGUUUGGCAUGACAGUAUGGCACACUGCAAUUAAUAUAAACUCGGGGAAUGUUGUUUGCAAAUGUCAACGUUAUGAACGAAUGAGUAGGGAUGUCAACGGGAUGGGUUUGGGUGGGAUAUUUUGCCGUCCUCUCUCACUGAUUCCAUUGCAACGGACCUCUUUGCCCAUCCCAGUGACGAUCCAUCCACAUUCCAC